GGGGCCAGCCCAGUCCUGAGGAACAUCUCCCACUCCCGGGAGUUCAACAGCCACAGGACCAGUGAGCAGAGGGGUCAGAGGGAGCCCGAGGACAAGGAGGGGUUUGUCUUCAAGAAGCCGCAGAGGCCGGGUCAGCGCAGCCAGCUGCCCACCGGCGAUGGGGCUGCGGAGAGGGACCCCUUUGCCCAGAGACCCGGCUCUGCACCCAACCUGCUGUUCGACACCCCCGAGAAGGAAAAUGUCCCCGAAGGUGAGAGCCCCAUCGUACUGCGCCGGUGCUCCUUGACGUCCUCCAUGUCUGAGGAGGAAGACGAUGGCUUCAUGGAGAUUCUGGAUGAGGAGGAGAUGAAGAGCGAUGCCGAUGUGCCGCAGGGGAUGGAGAACCUGCUGACCGCGCCGCUGGUGAGGAAGGAGGAGGCAGAGCCGCGUCCCGUGAAGCGCAGCAAGUGCCGGCAGCUCUUCCGCUCGCCCUCGAUGCCCAGCAGUGUCAUCAGGCCCAUCUUGAAGCGGAUAGACCGGCCCCAGGACAGGGACACCCCCAUCAAGACCAAGCGGCGGAGGAGCGUGGCCGGUACCCCCAGCGAGGAGGUGGUGGCGGAGCCGAAAGCGCGGCUGCUGCGCUCCAGGUCCUUCUGCCACGAGGAGAUUGAGAACUUGCUGGCCAACGACCACCGGGAGCUCAUCGGGGACUUCUCCAAGGCUUACCUCCUGCAGACGGUGGAGGGGAAGCACCAGGACCUGAAGUACAUUUCCCCCGAAAUGAUGGUGGCGGUGCUGACGGGGCAGUUCAGCAGCCUCAUCGAGAGCUGCGUGAUCGUGGACUGCAGGUACCCCUACGAGUACGAGGGUGGCCACAUCAAGGGCGCCGUCAACCUGCCGAUGGAGCAGGACGUGGAGGAGUUCCUGCUGAAGAAGCCCAUCGUGCCCUUCGACGCCAGCAAGAGGGUGAUCGUCAUCUUCCACUGCGAGUUCUCCUCUGAGAGGGGGCCCAGGAUGUGCCGGUUCGUCAGGGAGAAGGACCGAGCCUGUAACGAGUACCCCCACCUCCACUACCCCGAGCUCUACGUCUUGAAGGGGGGGUACCGGGAGUUCUUCCCCCAGUACCAGACACACUGCGAGCCCCAGGACUAUCGCCCCAUGCACCACGAGGACUUCAAGGAGGACCUACGAAGGUUCCGCCUGAAGAGCCGUACCUGGGCGGGCGAGCGCAGCAAGCGGGAGCUCUACAGCCGCCUCAAGAACUUCUGAUGGCUCCGGGGGACCCCCGUAGCCCCCCCACCCACCCUGGGGGCUGCCAUCGGGCAACAGCCCCCAGCCCAAAACCUGGCCACCCACAGCCCUCCUGACCCCUCAGCAGCAGGGGUGGGGGGCCAUGGUUGUGGUUUUACCCCUUUUUACCCUAAAAAGGGUUUGGGUUUUUACCCUA